AUGACGCGAAAGCACCCCGUCAUGGCGCUAUGGUCCACCGCGUUAUGCUCUUCUCUCGCCAUCCUUAGUACAAUCUCGCCGGCCUCUGCGACUUCAAGUGCUGCAUAUGUGACAGGGACAAACUCUGCAGGAGACACAGUUCAGCUACUUGACAGCCGAACACCGGCUUUGUUCACAGGGAACUUUGGAGAUUGCAUGGGUGGACAGAGUUUAAUCAAUGUUACGACAUUCGACGCGGCUUACUAUGCCGAUAACAUGACCGUUUUGUUUCAUCUAGCUGGUAACACGAAUUUGCAAAAUGAGUCGGUAAUGAUACAUAUUGGUGUGCAAGCUUAUGGAGAGGAUAGAUUUGAUCUGACCUUCAAUCCAUGUAACGCGAAUUUCGCAAGUCUAUGUCCCAUGAAUAGCAGCAAACCAAUCAAUGGCGAAGCUAUUAUUCCAGUAUCUGCAUCUGAUGUAUCUGGAAUUCCUGCUAUUGCUUUGGUGAUUCCAGAUUUUGAAGGCUCUGCUACUCUACGGGUAUUUUCGAACAGUACACAAACGGAGAUUGCUUGCUUUCAAGCUGUUAUGAGGAAUGGCGCAUCAUUUUCCCACCCAGCCGCUGUCAGCUCAGUCUUGGGAAUAUUCACAGCCAUUGCAGUAUUCUCCUCGUUUGCCACGGCCAUAUACGGAGUUAGCGUACCCCAUAUUAGAACCCACUACGCCCACUCUUUGUCAGUCUUGGUGGUGUUCGAAGUCUUUCAAUCAAUUUUCCUCUCUGGUGCUUUAUCGGUGGACUGGCCCAGUGUUUUGCCGGCAUUCUGGAGUAAUUUUGCUUGGUCGGCAGGGCUGAUUUAUACCCAUUCCAUGAUCAAGUCAGUCAAUAGCUUCACUGGAGUAUCCGGGAACUCGAGUCAAGUCGGUGGUGCGGGGUCUUCUAUCAUUAACAAUAACGGUGGGCUGCAACAACAAAUUUAUGGACGUUCCUUGAAAAAGCUGCAAGAGUAUAGCCAUUGGUCCAAAAUGGCAAAAGGAGAUGAGAUGGUCAAGAGAAUAGGGUCGUUGACAAAACGUGCGACCAGCGAAAAUUCUACUAAAGGAUAUGACUGGAAUGGAACUCCCGUUGGAGCUGGAUUGCCAUUGCCUGGGACCUGGUCCAAUUUCACAGGAACACUCGCAAAUGUUGAUAUCCCGGCACAGGAUGCUUUCUUGGUUGGAUUUUUAUGGUACCUGAUCUUAAUUGUUAUUCUUGUUGCCUCCGCAAUUGCCUUCAAGUUUAUCUUGGAAGCACUGAACAAGAUGAAAUGGAUGAAGGAAGAUAGGCUCGUGUUGUUCAGGAAUAACUGGGUUAGAUUCACUGGGCUCAUUGUUCUACGAUCGAUGCUCAUUGCAUUCUUCAUGAUAAUGACCCUGUCCCUCUACCAAUUUUCCUAUGGGGGUACAACAGGCAUCAUCGCCAUUGCAGCCAUCAUCUUCAUAAUAUUCUUCUUCGGAAUUCUAGCUCUUGCGUUCUACGCUUGCUAUAUCAGGCUCAGAUUCGGCAAUUAUGGCUCGUCUCCGGAUCGAAUACACUUUCAACGAAAGAAAGUGAUGAAAUUUCUCCCAUGGUACGGGGCUAUAAGAGAAAGUAGAAUGGAAGAAGGCGAUAAAGCAAAAUCUUCCGCUUCAGUAUCUUUCUUCCGCGUGCAUUAUAUUGACCAGGAUAAGGAGAGACAGAGUGUACACCAGGAUGAGGAAUAUACUGAACGUUUUGGUUGGCUCUCGGCUCGAUAUAGAAGAACCCGUUGGUGGUUUUUUGCAUUUUGGGUUAUUUACCAAUUCCUCAGAGCUUGCUUUCUUGGAGGUGCUCGCGCUAAUCCGGCUGCACAAGUAUUCGGCAACCUUGUCGUUGAGAUCAUAGCCUUCAUUGCUAUGAUCUGGCUCAAUCCCUUCGAGGGCGCCCGUAAUACAGCUUUGGCAGUUUACAUGCUUGGAAUCAGUAAGGUUGCUACUGCAGGUCUAUCGGUCGCAUUCCUACCACGAUACAAGGUUGCACGGAUCCCGACCACGGUUAUUGGUGUUAUCAUUAUCGUCAUCCAAGGGUUCCUAACUAUUGGCUUGCUCAUACUUAUCGUUCUCGGGGCCAUUUCAAGCUACAUGUCCAUCAUGCGCAAUCGCGAGGAAUUCAGACCACGUCACCUACAAAAAAUUCGCACGAAAUAUUUCCACCAUCUGGAACUAAAGGCGGUUGAUCUUCCGCCACCACCACCACCGGAGCCUGAAGAGCCAAAGGAACCAUAUUUCAGUGUAACUCAAGUUCGUCGAGCUCCUAAGAUCGAAGACGAGGAUAUCGUGCCGGAGAUGCCGGAGAUGAGAGGAAAUCGAGAUCCGAGUACGUCACAGCACUCGUUACCUAUGGCUGGUCGAAGCAGAGCCGCUAGUAUGCGCAGCCAACAUUCAGGUUAUGGCAACGUUCCAUAUGGAGCUCGAGUCCAUCGAGCAAGUUGGAGUUCCAAGGACUUCCAAAACUGGCAGCAGGAUGAAAUCUCUAGAGGCGAUUCUCCAUUCAAUGCACCAUCAAGACGACAACAGAUUUUCAAUUCAAUGACUUUAUUACUCUUGGAUGCUGGUGCUUUGUACUUCUUUGUUCUCACGUCUCGGAAACAUGGUGUUGCAACAGUCUGGCUCGUAGCGACCCUAGGCAGCAAAUCAUCUACUAAGAAAAUCACUCGGAAAGCCAUUCUCGAUGUCGAUGUCAAGAAAGCCUGUAACACAAUCCUCGAGCCUGAGGCACCUAUGGCAUUACGUCUGCAGAGCAAUUUGUUGUAUGGCGUUAGUAGGGUCUACGGUCAGCAAGUGGGAUAUGUUUUGAGUGAUACUAUCCAUGUUGAGCAGGGUCUGAGGAGUUUGGGAAAGAAGUUGGUGGGAAGUUUGGACUUGAACGGUGUGAAAGUCAAACCAGCUCAAUUGAUGCUAAUGGAUGAUCCUGCAUUUGAUCCUGACAUGCCACUUCCGGGUCUGUUUCCGGAUUACGAUUUCAAUAUCGACGCCGAUGAUUUGCAAAACCGGGAUUCACAACUUUCAUUAUCGAUCAAUUCACAACGUGGACGGAGUAUCUCCAUUUCCUCUUCGCAAGGCGCUUCGAUCCUAGGUCUCAAUAUAUCUUCGAGUCUCAGUGCAGGUGGUUACCAGCUCCCUUUCAAUGAUCCGUUCGUCCAGUCAUCUGCACAGAAAUCCGGCGCACAUGGGAAUGAGUUUGAAGGUGAAGCUAUCUUGUUUGAAGAUAAUGAUAUUUUUGAGUUUGAUCAAGAUGGAGAAAUUAGGGACUUCACCGCUCAAGACAUUGCGUCUCGAAGAGCAGCAAGUACAAGUGCGGGGCCAAGAUUUGGUAAUGAUUCAGCUGCCAGUGCAAGAGUUCGCAAGGAGCAUGACGAUGCUAGAGUUCAAGCUGGAGGUCACGGCCAUAUAUACGAUGAAGAUGAUAUGAAUAUGGUUUUUGGCGAUGACGAUGAGCACCUGAUGUUACCGGAUGCAGUACCUUUUGCGGCCUUUAUGGGUGGUUCUGUGCCUGUACAUGGUCGUGAGCAAUCAAUUUCACAGCUGGAAGAUUCGUCAUCUGAAAGUGCAGCUGCACCUUCACGUCCUCGAAAACCGAAAAUCAAGAAACAGCUUCCAAUUGACCAAACUCAAGAACUGAAGAAUUCGGACCUCUCAAACUGGCAAAGAGAGUAUGUCAGUACUCAAGAUGGUCUCAGUGCAGCAAAGCUGACAGCCAAGGGGCAAACAUUAGCCAAGAAAAAUGCUCUCAUGUUCGUCAUUGGAAACGGUCUUAACGGCGUUGGCAUUGGUAUUGGAUCAACGAAGCUUCCAGGCCCUUUAAGUAUGUUUUCAGGUGAUGUACUUCUUGCGAACAUCACAGGACGAGUUUUUGGUCCUAGAAAACGUCAAGCAGACUCUGAAAGAGAUGAAAAUAUCCCUAGCAAACGGCUUCGCCAUUCCUCCGAAGAAGUUCCUCGUGGUAUCGGCGGUGAUAACGAUUUCGCUCUUCAAGUUGAUGAUGGACCAAUCGGCACUCCGGUGGAGGUGGAAAGGGGAAGAGAUGCAGCAGACACGUUGGCCGACUAUCCAAGCAGCGCAAUGAUGCCUUGGAAUUUAUCUGCCAGCCAGAGAGCUCGUUCAUCAAGUUUACGCCCCUCUGCUUCGCUUAGACCCGGUGGCAGAGGAGUUUCUGCCAGUCCCUUGGUGGGAAGAGGUAGUAUUCUACUCGGUGGGGGCGAUUUAGAAAAGUUCUCUUCACAGCAGGAUAUCAUUAUGUAUGGAAGAAGUGAUGAUAUUAGUACUAAUUUAGGUGAGGGAAGUGGUGAUGGUAUGAACGUGGAAGAAUGGGCAGGUGACGACCGAGAGAAAAGGGAGUUUGAAAUGUUUGGACCAGCCGCAAAUGUGGAUACCCAGACGGCAGGACAAAGCCAGUGGGUUAGAAGCAUCAUGGAUACCGAGAGUGAGAAUUUCCUUGAUUUUGUUAGGAUGUCGAUUGAAGAAAGGAUUGGCGAGGAUGAAGAUGUCUUUGGUGAGCAUGGAAAGCUGAAGGAUAAGAAAGUGGGAUUCGAAGAGCUGUUCGAUCCGGAAAUAAAUAGUGAGGUUGUAGCAGCCCAGGCGUUCUUACACAUAUUGACUUUGGCCACGAAAGGAAGAAUUUGGGUUAAUCAAGACGAGGGUGAGAGCCUGGGUGUAGGUGGAAAUGGAUUGGGCGGGGAAAUUUGGUUAGGGUGUCUGUAG